UCUAAAAUACACGUUACUGGCUCUGGCAAGAUGGCGGCGCCCGAGAAGUUACCGUUUCCGGAGAAACCAAGCCACAAAAAGUACAGGGCCGCCCUGAAGAAGGAGAAACGAAAGAAACGGCGGCAGGAACUCGCUCGACGGAGAGACUCGGGACUCUCCCAGAAGGAGGAGGAGGCUGCUUUUAUUGAAGAACAACACCCAGAAGAAGAGAUGCUGUCGGAGACCGAGAGGCAAAAAUUACACGAGGCGUGGCUGCUUCGGGAGCAGAAGGCACAAGAAGAAUUCCGAAUCAAGAAGGAAAAGGAAGAGGCAGCUAGAAAACGGCAGGAAGAACAGGAGAGAAAGUUGAAGGAAGAGUGGGAAGAGCAGCAAAGAAAGGACAGAGGAGAGGAGGAGAAGCAGAAGCUCCAGGAGAAGAGAGAAAGGGAGGAAGCUGCGCAGAAGACGCUGGAGCAGGCUGAAAGCGAGUUGGGAAAUGGUGCCACAUGGCAGAACCCAGAACCACCCACGGCCUUAAGGGUAAUGGAAAAAGAUCGAGCUAACUGUCCGUUCUACGGUAAAACAGGAGCGUGCAGAUUUGGAGACAGGUGUUUGCGUAAACACAAUUUCCCGGCGUCGAGUCCCACGCUUCUGAUUAAAAGCAUGUUUACGACAUUUGGAAUGGAGCAGUGCAGACGGGAUGACUAUGACUCCGAUGCGAGCCUCGAGUACAGUGAAGAGGAAACCUACCAGCAAUUCCUGGACUUCUAUGAUGACGUGCUGCCCGAGUUCAGGAGCGUGGGGAAAGUGAUCCAGUUCAAGGUCAGCUGCAACUUCGAACCUCACCUGAGGGGCAACGUGUACGUUCAGUAUCAAUCGGAAGAAGAAUGCCAAGCCGCCCUUUCUCUGUUUAACGGACGAUGGUACGCAGGACGGCAGCUUCGGUGCGAAUUCUGCCCCGUGACCCGAUGGAAAAUGGCAAUUUGUGGCUUAUUUGAAAUACAACAAUGUCCAAGAGGAAAACACUGCAACUUUCUUCAUGUGUUCCGAAAUCCCAACAAUGAGUUUUGGGAAGCUAAUAGAGACAUCUUCCUGUCUCCAGAUCGGACUGGCUCCUCCUUUGGCAAUGGCUCGGACAGGAGAGAGAGGACGGGCCACCAGGACGAAUACUACUGGAGGCCCGGGAGGCGGAGAAGCCCUAGUCCAUCGCAUUCCUACGAGAGAAGCAGGGAAGCUGAGAGGAAAAGGAAAAGUAGUCACCGGGGGAAGAAGUCUCACAAACACACGUCAAAGAGUCGCGAGAGGCACAGUUCACGCAGUAGAGGAAGAAAAAGGGACCGCAGCCGGAUCCGCGGCAGCCGCAGCCACAGUUCCUUCGGGUCCAGGAGUCCCGGCGGGAAGAGGUCAGGCAGCAGAGACAGAAGUACUCAGAGUCCCAAAUCCAAUUUUGUUCUUUAAAAAAAAAAAAAAAGAAAUACACCUUACACGUCGUGUAAUUUCUCUGAGGGAUCUUACUUCUUUAUUAAAGAAAUAAAUGUAGCCUUUGUAGCUAAGGACUCACCUUCUUCCCUCUCCCACUCUCAUUCUUGUAUUUUUGCAUUACAAAAGAACAGGUCCAGAGAAGAAGGGGCUCUCAUCAGAAAGAAGGAAGGAAGAGAAUCUAAAAGGGGCAAUGAAUGACAAAUUUGUCUUUAGUAGUGAUAGGGAGAAAGAGAGGAAAACAGAAAACGAACAUUAAAAGCUUUUUUUCCCCUUGCUAUAUCCAGAAAAUCUAAAAGAAAAAGAAGACUGUGAAUCCAAUCAUUUAUGUCUCUUUUCUUGAGAGGGACUGAUCAUCAUCCAUUAACACAUGUUAAUGUUUAAUUAAUUUUUGAUAAUGCAAGUUAAUACUGAAUGUGUAAUGUGAGCUAUAUUUUACAUUUUUUACACAUUUACAUAAUGACAAACUAGAGUUGCUGACAUGCUGAGAAGGACAGCACAAGAAAAGGCAAUUAUAGGCUGAUAGUCCUAAUAAACAUAUCAUAUAUGAGAUUAUGCUAGCUCAUAAAAUGAUUUAGGGAAUAUAACUUCUAUGCAUAUAUUCUUUGGAAGACUUGUAUAUGACUGGAACAUUUACUCCUUGAAUGUUUGCAAUUAUUCAUUAGUGUGGUAUCAUUUGGGCUUGGAGUUUUCAAAUGUGGCAAGAUUUUUUAUUUGGAUUACAUUUCUCCAGUAGUAGUUGACUAUCUAGAUGAUUCUAUUUCUGCCUAAAUCAGUUUUAUAAGUUACAUGUUUCUAGAAAUUU